AUGAUAUGUGUUAAUCCAGCGACCGGCUUAAAAGAACCACAACUUAUCGUUGCACUCAGAGAUUUACGCCAACGAAAGAAGGUAGGUCGGAAGCAUCUCCAAUACUAG